GGUCCGCCGAUUUCACGGGGUGGGACUUGGCUGGGCCUAAAUUCUAUCCGCGGUCCCGGACCGGUUUUAGGGCGAAGCUGCCAUGCGUUCCGGGGGCCGCGGGCGGACCCGGCUACGGCUCGGAGACCGCGGCCUCUUGGAGCCCCCCUCACCGCCCAAGCGCCGCCUGCUGCCGCGGGCGCAGCUGUUGCCCCUGCUGCUGCUGCUGCUGGCCGUGGCCUGGGCGCUCUACACCAUCUGGGGCGGCUGGCACCGCCGGACCGAGGAGCCGCUGCAGGGCCGGGAGCUGCGGGGCACGUUGGUUGGAAACCUGCCCGAAGCCCGGCUGCGGAGGGUGGUGGGGCAACUGGACCCAGAGCGCCUCUGGAACGCUUACCUGCGCCCCCUGCUGGUUGUACGGACCCCGGGCAGCCCGGGCAAUCUCCAAGUCAGAAAGUUCCUGGAGGCCACGCUGCGGGCCCUGACUGCAGGCUGGCAUGUGGAGCUGGACCCCUUCACGGCCUCGACGCCCCUGGGGCCCCUGGACUUUGGCAACGUGGUGGCCACACUGGACCCAGGGGCUGCCCGUCACCUAACCCUCGCCUGCCAUUAUGACUCCAAGCUCUUCCCAUCUGGGGCGGCCCCCUUCGUGGGGGCCACAGAUUCGGCAGUGCCUUGCGCCCUGCUGCUGGAGCUGGUCCAAGCCCUCGACUUGGAGUUGAGCAGAGCCAAGAAUCAGGCGGCCCCGGUGACCCUGCAGCUGCUCUUCCUGGAUGGGGAGGAGGCGCUGAAGGAGUGGGGACCCAAGGACUCCCUCUAUGGCUCCCGGCACCUGGCCCAGCUCAUGGAGUCUGCGCCCCACAGUCCUGGCCCCACCAGGAUCCACGCCAUCGAGCUCUUUAUGCUUCUUGAUCUCCUGGGAGCCCCCAACCCCACCUUCUACAGUCACUUCCCACGCACGGCCCGCUGGUUCCAUCGGCUGAGGAGCAUCGAGAAGCGCCUGCACCGUUUGAACCUGCUACAGUCUCAUCCCCACGAAGUGAUGUACUUCCAGCCCGGGGAGCCCUUCAGCUCCGUGGAGGACGACCACGUCCCCUUCCUCCGCCGAGGGGUCCCGGUGCUCCACCUCAUCUCCACGCCCUUCCCCUCCGUCUGGCACACGCCGGACGACUCUGAGGCCAACCUGCACCCACCCACGGUCCACAACCUGAGCCGCAUCCUCGCCGUGUUCCUGGCGGAAUACCUGGGGCUCUAGCCUGCCUGGCUGACUCUGGAGAAGCGCCCAGCAGGGCACGUGCCAAGGGCACCUGGAGCCAACAGAGCUCAGGCUGGGCCCGCCUGGGGUGUGCUGGCUGGUCCUGCUUAAUACCUUCGGCUCUGCUUGGGCUGUGAUUGGAAGACCCUCUUUCCUUUGACUAUCUCAAGCUGCCACUCUUCAAAGACAUGAAAGAGACCAGCGUGGGGUGAGCGCCAAAGGAAUCAGAGGUUGGCCCCUGCCCUGAGGGAGAUGCUUGGGCGGAAAGUUUGCAGGGGCCAAAUGCUGUUCUGUUUUGGUCAGCAAACCAAGGACUGGCAUCUGGACCAGCAGUACCACCCAACCAAAUGAAUUCUCUGUGGCCCAUGUUCUUGUGUCAGUUCGCUCUCCAGAAUGGCAGCCUUACUAAUGCACCGGUCCGAAACUAACUCCCCCUUGGAUGUGCCCCGUGUGGCCCAAAGAGGAUGCGCUCGUAAGAGGGAACAGAGGACAUGGAAGCCGAUACUUGGGAACUCUAGAUUCUGCCAGAUCCAAUGAGCAUUAAACCAGUGUUUCUGGAAAACGUCUUCUACAGAACUGGCACAAAUAGGUGUUGCAUGAAAAAGGGGAUCGAAAAAGCAGGGUGAAACAACUUUAAAUGAAUUUCUUCAUUGCACAAUAGGAAUUUCCAAGAGUAAGAUGGAGAAUGCAGUGUUUUCUCAAAGUAUUUCUCACCAUGGAACCCCUUUAUUGGGAAGCACCUCACAGAACUAGGGUGCCUCAGAAGAUACUUUGGGAAACACUGAGUUUUGACAGUUUGUGUGCACUUAGGGUAGGAAUGGGUAAGACAGACCUAGAUUCACUGCAAACUAGUUACACCAAACCAUCUUUUCCCUUUCAGCUGUGGGGACAGCAGUACGAGAUGGUGGGUGUAACAGCAACUCUAGUGAUGGCCUGAGGAAUUAUUUCCCAACUCUAAUUUUCAAACUUAACCAGGGUGCUUAUUAAAGAAUGCAGACUCCCA